GAGGGGAGGCCGGCUGCGGGAAGCGGGGCUCCGCGCUGGGACUGGCUCCUUCGCAGCCAUUUUCUGUCCAACCACACAGCCGGUUUGCGGAGGGAGCCAACCAGGGCCGCACUGGAGAUGGAUGGUGAUAGCUCUACAACAGAUGCUUCUCAAUUAGGAAUUGCUGGAGAUUACAUUGGUGGUAGUCACUAUGUGAUACAGCCCCAUGAUGACACUGAGGACAGCAUGAAUGAUCAUGAAGACACAAAUGGCUCCAAAGAGAGCUUUAGAGAACAAGAUAUAUACCUUCCAAUUGCAAAUGUGGCGAGGAUAAUGAAAAAUGCCAUACCUCAGACGGGAAAGAUUGCGAAGGAUGCAAAGGAGUGUGUGCAGGAGUGCGUAAGUGAAUUCAUCAGCUUUAUAACGUCAGAAGCAAGUGAGAGGUGUCACCAAGAAAAACGGAAGACUAUAAAUGGGGAAGAUAUUCUUUUUGCCAUGUCCACCCUGGGAUUUGAUAGUUAUGUUGAACCUUUGAAGUUGUACCUCCAGAAGUUUAGAGAGGCAAUGAAAGGAGAAAAGGGAAUUGGGGGAGCAGUUACCACAGCGGAUGGCCUUAGUGAAGAGCUUACAGAGGAAGCAUUUACUAACCAGUUGCCAGCAGGUUUGAUAACUACAGAUGGCCAACAGCAAAACGUUAUGGUCUAUACAACAUCUUACCAACAGAUCUCUGGUGUUCAGCAAAUUCAGUUCUCAUGAUUUAAAGAAGGCUUUGGAUCUGGGAAUGUGAGACAUGGGAGGAACUAGGGAAUGCAUAAAGAUUUGAAAUGGCUGGUGAAGAAGAAAAUGUCACUUUGUAUAUUCAGUAGCUGUAAUGUAGCUGCCUGAGGCUUGACUAAUUGAGGUGUGAACUCUGACUCGAACCUUUUCUCAUGAAUGAUUUCAAAAAAAUUGGAUUUUAAAGGUAUUAAAGUAUUUUCGUUUUGUACAAGAGUUUGUUGCUCUGUAUAACUCCUGUAUGCAUUGUAUAUUGCAAUUUACUACUGUCAGAGAUUUGUAGACAGUUUCUUAUUUUCAUAUUGAAUCAUGUUACUUUUGUAAUUCAAGUAAAACAGCUGGGUUUAAUUCAUGUUUACCCUUUGAAUAAAACAUAAGGGUACUGUU